GCAAUUGUUUGUGUCUACUACCCACACAUGCAUGACCGUCAUUAAAUAAUUAUUGAUAAUGAAACUAUUAGAUAUUGUGCAUCAGUUAAUUUUGAGCUGCGCGAUGAAUAGGAACGUCGACAACUUGUUGAUCACAAAUAAAAAAGAAGUAAGGAAAGCUAUCCAUAAAUCCGAGGAAGAUAUUUUUGAAUAUAUCAGAAUAAUCAGGGAGUUCCUCAAAGCCCAAUCCCAUUUACCAGAAAUUCCGAAUGAUUCGAUAAUCGAGGCAUUCCUGAUAACCAACAAAUUCUCGAUAGAGCAAACAAAGGAAAAAUUAGAUAUGUACUACACAAUUAGGACUCUUCUUCCAGAAUGUUACGAUAACAAACAUCCAGCGUUAUCACAUAUGCAGGAUAUAUCUAACACCUUAUAUGUCUUUCCAUUGCCACAGUUGACCGAAGAUAUGUUAAGAGUGAAUGUAUUGAAGAUAAAAGGUGACCCAAAGUAUUUCGAUGCCUACAAUUUCAUUGGUCAUCAAAUGAAUAUCAAUGAAAUAAGGGUACACGAAGAAAUCAAUUUGGGCGAUUUGUUAUUGGUUGAUCUUGAAAACAUACAGAUGGGACACAUUUUCAAAUUCACACCGGUACAUGUAAAAAAGGCAGUAUUAAUUUUGGAGAAAGUUUAUUCCAACCGAAUCAAAGGAAUUCAUAUAAUUAAUGCUCCAACAUUUGCAGAUAAACUGAUAUACAUGAUGAAAUCUGUCCUUAAACAGAAGUUGAUAAAGAGGAUUCACAUACACUCUUCGUUGAAAGAUGUUUUGGAACAUAUUUCCGCCGAUAUCCUGCCCAAAGAUUACGGAGGAAAUGAAAUGGGGCUUGAAGAAUUGCAAUAUCUGUGGAACAUGAAGCUGAAACAAUAUAAAGAUAGAUUCGACAAUUUGGAAAAUAUGAGGGUGAAACAAGAUGAGCGACCAGCGAAAUUGAAAAACGAUGAAAUACUGGGAUAUCACGGUAGCUUCAAGAAGUUGGAAGUCGAUUAAUACAUGAAUUUCAAACACCUACAUACAAACAUUUAGCAAAAUUUUUGUAAUUAAAAAAUAAAGGCAAGGUAUUGAGUUAUUGA